GGAUAAAUUCUCCAUAUAUUUCUUACACACAGAAAAAGAAAAUAAAAAACUAAUAAUAAUUCAACCCACAAAAGAGAAACUUCUUUUAGAUUCUGUUGUUACGCUUCUAAUUAAUAUGGGUUUAAAUUAGUAGAAAACGUUCAAGAAAUUUCAACAGCACACUAUUUGGAGCUCCUCCAGAUUUAAUUGAGCUGUCUACCUCUAUCCACUCUCCUACCGCCACGUCUGCGUGCCCCACCGAAACUUCUCGUUCUUUCCUUCCCUUACACUUUUCUCUCAUUUCCCCAUUUUUUCUCUCUAUCCCCCCCGCCCCUCAAUAUUUGCUUUUUUACUCUCUCUCUCUCUCUCUGCAUUUAUUUGUCAUCAGAACCUUCUGGAAUUACCACACAACCUGCGCGCUUUCCCUCUCUGGCAAAUUAGAUUUCAACAGAAUUAACGUCUGUGAGCGGCUUUAUGGCUCCGCCACCGGUGGAUCGGAGCGGAAGCGGUGAAUCGACGGCCGGUGAUGCACCGCGGUCUCUUCCGACGCCGUUUCUGACCAAGACGUAUCAGCUCGUGGACGACCAGGCGAUCGAUGACGUUAUCUCCUGGAACGAAGACGGAUCUACUUUUAUCGUUUGGAAUCCGACGGAGUUCGCCAGAGAUUUGCUGCCAAAGUAUUUCAAGCACAAUAAUUUCUCCAGUUUCGUUCGGCAGUUGAACACCUACGGAUUCAGGAAGGUUAUGCCGGAUCGAUGGGAAUUCUCCAACGAAUGCUUUCGGAGAGGUGAGAAGAAGCUCUUGUGCGACAUUCAGCGCCGGAAAAUCGCGCCGUCGUCUUCGGUCGUAGUGGCGGCAGCGGCAGCGGCCACGGCGGUGCUUCCGACAAUAUCCACGCCGCUGACGGUUUCUCCGUCCGACUCCGGCGAGGAGCAGGUGAUUUCAUCCUCCAAUUCCCCGGGGAGGGUACGCGACUUCAGCGGCGGCACAUCGGAGCUGAUUGGCGAAAACGAGAGACUGAGAAAGGAAAACUCGCAGCUCAACAAAGAGUUGAGCCAAAUGAAGAAUUUAUGUAACAAUAUAUUUUCUCUGAUGUCGAAUUACGCGAGCAGCAAUAAGAGCAACGGCGGCAGCAGCAGCGAUCAACAAACGUACAGCUGUAAGUUGUCCGUGGCUGAGAACGCGAUGCAGCCGUUAGAUCUGCUUCCCAUGACGAAAUUCUGCGAGGAGAUGCAGACCGCCGUCGUGGCGGCGGCGGCGAACGGCGCAGAGGAGAGCCAUAUCAGAUCGGCGGCGGAGGAAAUAAGCGCGAGAUUGUUCGGCGUGCCGAUAGGAAUGAAACGCGGGAGGGAGGGAGAGGGUAGUUCGGCGGAGCACGAUAUGGAUCUGCAGCUGCAGCAGCCGGUAGGUGAUAUCAAAUCGGAGCCGAUGGAUCAAGACAGCAGCGGCGACGAUCGCAAGUCCGCGUGGCUGACGCGGAGCAACUCGAGAAAUCGGAAGGUUCUUAAUUGAUGUAUGCUAGAUGUACGGUGGGGAGCAUCGCAGAGGAUUAGAUCUUGGUAAAAUAUGUUUUAGAGUAGUGUAGAAGCGCGUGUAUGUACGAGAUGAGGCACGUGCCAAACGGACUCUCGUGUCGAUAAUCUCGUGCGCAUGGGCCCUUUUUCAGGAAGGUUCCUAAAGUAGUCCUUUUUUUUGUAUUUUAUUUAAAGAGGCUAUUGUUAUUUCUUUUGUUUUAGAUUUAAUUUAAAUUAUUCGCUCUGAAUAUUUUCUACC